AUGCGUUUCACGCCAAUCUUCGCGACCGCGCUGCUGGUCGCGACCAACGGUGCGGGUGCCAUCCCGGCCGACGGAAUUCUGGAUAACCUGGGCCUUGGUGACAAGAACGAUGGGCCCAGCAGCACUGCCGUCGCGCAAAGUGCCCAAAGUGCCCAGGAGCCGACGCCUACGGCCCAGGCCCAACCGCACCCGCAGCAGCAGCAGCAAGACCAACAUGCCCCCGAGGUGGCCAGCACUUCCUCGGACGACAAGCCCACCUCUUCCAAGUCCGAGGAGGAGUCCCAUUCUCCCCUAAUUGACCUGCCUACCGCCAAACCCAACGAUGAGGGUCAGCAAGAACCGACGUCGGCUCCCGCGCCGGCGCCCACGAAGUCUGCCAAGACGGAGGACUCGUCGUCUUCGUCCGCUUCCUCCUCUGCCCCGGCGCCCUCGAGCUCUGAUGGUGGUCCCCUCGAGGAUCUGAAUCCUUUCAAGAAAAAUGACGAGGACAAGGAGGACAGCGACAGCAGCAAGGACAAAGAGGACAGCGACGACAGCGAGGAUGAGAAGGACGACAAGCCCAAGAGCCCCUUCCUCGAGGGCCUCGGCGAGCUGGGCGAGGGUGUGAAGAACCUCCUCGACCCCGGCUUCCUCGCCGAGUUGACCAACACCUUCAAGUACCUGUCCACUGGUCUGGCCCCGCCCGUCGACAACCAGAUCCGCGGCCUUGUCGGAGUGGCGAGCAAGCUCCUGACGCCCGAGUUUGGCGAGAAGACCGACAAGCUGAUUGACAACGCCAACAACCUCCUGACGCCCCAGUUCAUCAAGAAGACCGAGACCCUCAUCGACAACGCCAACAACCUGCUCACGGCCGGCUUCGUCAAGAAGACCGAGACCCUCAUCGACAACGCCAACAACCUGUUGACUGCUGGCUUCGUCAAGAAGACCGACACUCUCAUCGACAGCGCGAGCGAGCUCCUCAGCCCCGACGGAGUCAAGGCCCUCAAGUCCCUGAUCGACAUGGCCGUCCCGCUCAUCCCCGCCCUCAAGCCCCUCCUGAAGGAGGAGAGCAUCGAGGGUAUCAUAGGCCUGCUGAACAACGCCGAGGAUCUCCUCACCCCCGGCUUCGUCAAGCAGACCAACGGUCUGAUCAACAACGCCAACACCCUCCUCACCCCGGAGACUGUCAAGGCCCUCAAGUCUCUGCUCGACAUGGCCAUCCCGCUCCUGCCGGCCCUCAAGCCCCUCCUCAAGGAGGAGAGCAUCAAGGGUAUCGUGGGCCUGCUGAACAACGCCGAGGAUCUCCUCACCCCCGGCUUCGUCAAACAGACCAACGGCUUGAUCAACAACGCCAACACCCUCCUCACCCCGGAGACCGUCAAGGGCCUCAAGUCCCUGCUCGACAUGGCCAUCCCGCUCCUGCCAGCCCUCAAGCCCCUCCUCAAGGAGGAGAGCAUCGAGGGUAUCGUGGGCCUGCUCAACAACGCCGAGGACCUCCUGACCCCAGGCUUCGUCAAGAAGACCAACGGUCUGAUCAACAACGCGGACGAGCUGCUCAGCCCCGAGGCCGUCAAGGGCCUCAAGUCUCUCAUCGACCAGGCUGUGCCUCUGAUCCCCGCCCUCAAGCCCCUCCUGAAGGAGGAGAGCAUCAAGGGCCUCAUCGGCCUGCUCGGCAACGCCGAGGAUCUCCUGACCCCAGGCUUCGUCAAGAAGACCAGCGGCCUGAUCGACAACGCGGACGAGCUGCUCAGCCCCGAAGCCGUCAAGGGCCUCAAGUCUCUCAUCGACAUGGCUGUUCCGCUCCUGCCUGCCCUCAAGCCCCUCCUCAAGGAGGAGAGCAUCGAGGGUAUCGUCGGCCUGCUCGGCAACGCCGAGAAGCUGCUCACCCCGGGCUUCGUCAACUCCACCUCCAACCUGGUGACCGGCGCCGACAAGCUGCUCACCCCCGACGUGGUCGACACCCUCGAGGACGUCCUCGAGGACGUGAUCCCGCUGCUGCCCGCCUUCAAGCCCCUCCUCGGCAAGGUCAAGCCGCUCAUCCCGGCCAUCGAGCCCCUGCUCAAGCCCUCGACUAUCACCGAGGUCUCCUCGCUGCUGUCCAACGCCCACGAUCUGCUUACGCCUAAGUUCGUGAACGAGACGUCGCUGCUGAUUGAUGAUGUCACCGAUGCCUUGCCUAUCCUGGAUGCUCUGCUGAAGUCGCUUUAA